AUGGGUGGGCUGGGCGGUGCGGGCGCGGUGUUGGCGGCAGAGAUUUUCGCCCCACUACUACUUCUCUGUUGGCUUUGCUGCUGGCCUGAUGAUGCCUCAGAUACAAGUUCUGGCAAAUACCCCGCGAAACCAGCCAUUACCAAUGGAUCAUCAGGCUCUCACCGAUUGAGCGAACUGUUCAGUCGGAGGUGCGGUAGCAGCGCGAUCUCUUUACAUUUACCUAGCACUUCUGGAACCACAAAGCAGUCGCUAUCAGCUCAUAGGAGUCAUGAAGAAAUCCACGGCCGUCACCGCUCGCAGUUAAAUAUAAGCGAAGAAGACAGCCGUUACCACUCUGCCCCCAGCGUCAUUCACGAAGUAUUGCACCGCAGAGACUGGGAGCGCUCUACCAAGGAACUUUACAUUCCUCUCAGACCAGAGAAAGUGACCUUAUCCCCCAGCUCUCCUACUGGUUCAUACAUGUCUCUGGAUAGCCUUGAGCAAUGUGAAGAAACAGAUCAACGAGUCUCAAAAACUUGCAAGAAACAUUUUACUAAUAUUAAAUGCUCAAAAAAAAAGGAAACCGACGACGAUAUCAAGGAUGAUGAUGCGACUGAAACAUCUUGCUUCUAUAUUGGCGACAAUGGUGCCGGGCCCAGUGUUUCAAAGAGGCCAGAAAGGCUAGAUAAAAUGAAUAUCAAAGAAGAUAACCAUGAGGCAGUCGGGCCAGCGGAUAAUGAUACUAAACUGUAUAAGCAUAAAGAAACUAAGCAAAGUUUAAAUGAAUGCAUUAAAAGUAAAGAUAGAAUGAGAUUGGUACCAGUAGAAGAGUUAGUCGUGUCUAGAUUUGAGGUCGCGACUCCUGAAAGCGCGGCUCUAGAUAGGUCAGGGGCGCAGCACCACGGGGCAAAUUGGGGAGCUGAACUUUUCAACGCUCGAUUAAUACCACCGCCAUCUGUCGAACCGUUAGGCUACGCAUCUGACACGUUGUACCUGGAGGAGGAAGCAUGGGGUGCCGCGCCGAGCUCGGGACUGGCUUGGUCACCUCCCGCUGAAGGCUUCAUGCGUGGCCGCCAUGCUAGUGCCGGUGAUGUGUUAGCACCCACACACCGCCCGCAGUCAGGAGCACUCUCAGAAAGUGAUAUAGACUUUGAGCUGGAGGCGUGUGAUGAGUUGCCGCCUCCAUACCACGAGGUGCAUCUGCUCAAACACAGAAAUGAAACAGCAAUAUAA